AUGGACGACGGGGACGACGGCGUCGUCGUCGUCGCGUGCGCGGGCGCGUGGCACGAGGACGGCCGCGGCGCGUGCGAGACGCCGGCGGAGGCGAGCGAACGCGUCUUCUUCGGCGAUCGAAGGCAGCACGUAGUUUUUGAAGGCCGCGAUCUCGACGCGAUGAAAAUUAAAGCGCGAUUGGACGCGUGCUUGCUGACCGAAGCCGAGGACGCGGACGAGACGAAUCGCGCGAACGAGUCGUACUGCGGUUCGACGUGGCCGACGGCGACGGAGGUGAUGGCGAGCGCGGGCGUGGAGGCGGUCGAGCGCGGGGUGAAACACAAGGCGUUUUACCCGAGCGGUGGCGUCGACGGCGUCGUGGCGUCGACGGCGGCGAUGUCGGUGUCGACGUCGCGCGAGCGCGGCGGCGACGCGUUCCGGGACGUGCGCGUUCCGGAGGCUUUCGCGCCGCCGCUCGCGGGGCAAUCAGAAAAGACGUUUCCGGACGGGCAAGUCGGGUACUUUUUUGAGGACAUGCCGUGUUUGGAGUGCGGGUCGCCGUGGUGGUUCGGUGAAGACUGGGACUCGCGUUGCGCCAACUGCGGCGCCGACGAUCGCACGUACGGCGGCGAUCAACGUCCGAUUCGGUCAAAGCGGCGGAUUUACGACGAGUUUCGCGCGGCGUGGCGUCGACUCGCUGAUUGA